CCAAACUUGGUUAUGAGCACCGCCACUUCGAGCUCUGAUGUCCCGAGUCGCCAUCAGGGAUUCAGCAGACUCAAAGCCUUCGCUCAGCAAACGGAAAUCAAAGAGACGCCUCGUCGAUUCUGAUGAGGAAGAAUUUGAUGAUGAUGCUGACGCUCACACUCAGCCUUCGCGCAUCAAGCGCUCUCGUACUGCAGAACUAGACCCAGAGCCGACAGGUCACGAAAAUUAUACAUAUAAUGAUAUGGACGUGGAUGUUGAUGGGGAAGUGGAUGCAGACGAAGAAACGCGUUUUCUAGCGCACGACCCCAUGGAUCAACAUACUGCCGCUAGCACCGCUUCAGUUGCUCCCGGUCAAGCUCGAAAGAAGAGUAAGGUGGAUGCGAGUGCGAAGCGUAUAAAGACGGCGGGUUCUGUAACAGGAGCAAAGAAACAUGCGGUGUUCUCUGACACAGAAGAUGCCGAAGUCGACAUUGACGAUCCCGUGGACGACUAUUUUGUUGACGAACCUUUCCCAGAUGCUGAAGACGAGGGAUUCGAACCUGAAGCUGCACCAAAGCGUGGUGGGAAAGCAAGGACGUCCUUGUCCGCGAAGAGCAAACCUACCAAAGUUAAAUUGGUAUUGGGAAAGGGUGGCAAGCCGAAGGCUGGAAAAGAGAAGGAGAUCAUGAUCAAGGACGAGCGCAAAAUCCCGCCUUCUGACACCCUAUCUGUGUCUACUAGCGUAACAGCUCAGAGUCAAGUCUCUGAUCUCUUUGCGGAUGACGAGUCUUCCGUCCAUCCACCAUCGGUGGUCGAUCCUUCUGCCCCACCUGAUCAGUCCGCCUUGCCGCCGCCAGAGCUGAAGAAGCGCAAACUCCCAACAAUUAAGAAAAACAAAUCCUCUACCUCGGCUGCGACUUCUGCUCAAUCACAAUCUGCCGCUGCCCCUUCAAAGCCACUACCUUCAACUGACGAUGUGACAAAAAUCGCUGCUCCUCAUCCGCAGCGUAAAGCUGCAGGUCUCAUGGGUGCAACAGACUUUGACCUGCGGGACAAAAGCGUGUAUGCUGAGCUUUUUAAAGGGGCUGGUGGUAGCACUCCUCGUUCUGGACUCAACAGGAGAGAGAAGGAGGAAGAACGAAGAAAAGAGUUGAACAAGAUGCGUGAUGAAGCAAAGGCUAAGCGCGCGGAAGAAGCUAAACAUCAUUUCGAUCUGCAGUCACAAGCAGACAAGAUUGCUAGUUUUGAGCAGAAACUCAGAGCCAACAGUUGCAUGGCUUUGCACCCGAACUUCCUUGCUGCCAAGUUCCGGGAGGAGUACGACAAAGAGAGAGUGCGUCUACGACAUGACAGGGAGCGGAGCCGGAGUGCCACCAAGGAGGAGGGAGAGGCUUGAUUAAUUCGAGAGCUUUCAUUUUUUGCUUUGUUUGACUUGUACAUCUUGCUUUCGGACAUGCAUUACUAGAC